UUUUCCUGUACCAUUCAAUUAGAAGAACGCUGGAUGAUAAUCUUCGUCUGGGAACAAAUGGCCCACAAUGGCAAUCGACAGCAGCAUUCACGAACAAGGAGACUCAUCUCAGAGAACUUCUUCAGAUAGGCGCGAUGACGACAUUGAGGAGUAUGCCGACAUCAUCCCUGCGAAGUCCAAAACUGCCAAAGGAGAUGAUUCGUCGCAACCAGGCUUGACAAAGCUUCCAUCCGGAGUCCUCAAUUACCAAGACGAUCCAGUGGCCCGUCAUCAAUCCAAUGUGGAAGUGCCCUACGAGAUUUACAACCGCUUUUCGAAGCACCGAAAACACAUCACUGUUGCCGUCAUUUCCUGGUGUGGUUUGCUGUCACCAAUCUCUAGCACGGCGGUCUUGUCAGCGCUCCCUGAGGUCGCAGCCGAGUACAAGACUAGCGGAGACAUUAUCAGUCUUAGCAAUGCGUUGUACCUUGUCUUUAUGGCCAUUAGCCCCUGUUUUUGGGGACCAUUGAGCCAAGUGUACGGCCGAAAAUGGACGUGCAUGGUGACAGCUUCAUUGUUUCUGGGUUGCUCGAUCGGCACAGCACUCAGUCCCAACGUGCCGGCUUUCUUCGUGUUCCGCAUCCUUACCGCUUUUGCCGGAACAUCGUUUCUCGUCACCGGUCCCGCUGUGAUUGGCGAUUUGUAUCAUCCUACAGAACGCGCGACUGCGAUGGGUUGGUUCUUAUCCGGCACACUCAUUGGACCGACAAUUGGCCCAGUUCUUGGAGGCAUCAUCGUGACCUACACAUCCUGGCGCGCCAUCUUCUGGCUUCAAACCGCGCUCGCAGGCGUCGGCGUCGGAGGUGCUAUAUUGUUCAUGCCAGAGACGCUACAAGAACUCAAAAAAGCAGACCUCGAAGGGCUUGCAUUCAGUAGAAAGGUCAGCGUGCUAUGGGGUAUGACGAACCCGGUCAGAGUUGUUCGACUAUUCAAGUUUCCGAACCUCAUCCUGGUGGCAAUCGCCAGUGGCUCGCUCGUAUGGAACAUGUACGGCAUGCUGACCCCGAUCCGAUACGUUCUCAACCCACGUUUCUCUUUGACGUCGCCGGCGCAAUCGGGCUUAUUCUACUUGGCUCCGGGCUGCGGCUAUCUUGCUGGUACCCUCGUAGGUGGCCGCUAUGCCGAUUAUACAGUUCGGCGCUGGAUAGCCGAGCGUCACGGACGACGCAUUUCCGAAGACCGGCUGCGCUCUUGCCUUCCCUUCUUGGGAGCCGUGCUGCCGGGAUGUAUGCUGAUUUACGGAUGGACAGUCCAGCAGCGCGUUGGUGGAAUUGCUGUACCCGUCGUUUUCAUGUUCUUGGGGGGUGUAUCGCAGCUGUUCUGUUUCCCCAGUUUGAACACGUACUGCUUGGACGUAAUACAAGGACGCAGCGCGGAGGUGAUUGCGGGCAACUUUAUGGUAAGAUACCUUUUUGGUGCCGCUGGAUCGGCUGUCGUACUUCCAGCAAUCAAGGUUAUUGGGGUUGGAUGGUUCAGCACCAUUUCUGCUGGCUUCUUGGUGGUCGGGGCUCUCAGUGUUUGGGCAGUCGCACUCUGGGGUAGAAGUUGGCGCCAUCGUAUUGAUGAGAAGGCAAGACCGUCUGUACCAUGACUUCCAACGAAGUAAUUCUCCUACUUAUCUUUCAUGUUAGGCAAGUGCAAGGGGUACGAGAAGGAGAUCUCACUCAAUUAAUGACGGAUGUGCUUAAAGUUCACGAACGGCGGUAUUUCCGCUUUUUGUUUUUUCUAAAGUCACACGGCGUCUAUUGAUGCAGUGACAAGAUCAUGCGAAAGGUACUUUGGCACAUCGGGGCAAGAAAUGCUGCGGCGGGGAGUGAUGACUGGAUGGAAUAGAAAUGAAAAUACAUUAUGGAAGAGCUCCGCAACGUUCGCGGAUGACAUCAGAUAUCGAAACAUGGAC